GACGCCAAUGGUGGGAGGGCAAAGCUCUGGUGACGUAGCUGGCGGGAAAACUCAAGCGCUGUGUGUAUGUGGUUUCCUUGUUCCAGCGCGGGAGAAUAUACAGAGCAUUUAAAUCGUCAAUACAGCAUUUGUAUCCUUUUGAAGUUGGAAAGAGAUGCCUGCGGAAAGAAAGCCGAUGCGCUAUGGUCACUCCGAAGGGCACACGGACGUGUGCUUCGACGAUACGGGAAAGUACAUUGUCACGUGCGGGAGUGACGGAGAUGUCCGGAUAUGGGAGAGCCUAGAUGACGACGACCCCAAAUCUGUCAACGUCGGGGAGAAGGUCUACUCUCUGGCUUUGAAGAAUGGGAAGCUGGUUACAGCCGUGUCCAACAACACGGUUCAGAUCCACACAUUUCCCGAGGGGGAUCCGGACGGGAUACUGACCCGCUUCACCUCCAACGCCAACCACGUGGCCUUCAACUGCAGCGGGUCCAGGGUGGCAGCUGGCUCCAGCGACUUCAUGGUGAAAGUUGUGGAGGUGGCAGACAGCAGCCAGCAGAAGACGCUGCGAGGUCACGAAGCCCCUGUCCUGAGCGUGAACUUUGACCCCAAGGAUGAGUUCCUGGGCACUUCUAGCUGUGAUGGAUCUGUAGCUGUUUGGAAAAUUGAAGACCAGGUUCAAGUGAGCAGUUGGAAGAUUCUUCAGAAGUCCAAUGACGUCAGCAAUGCCAAGUCACUGUGCAGAUUAUCAUGGCAGCCAGGUUCUGGAAAACUGUUGGCCGUUCCCGUGGACACGACCGUGCAGCUGUACGAGAGGGGCACCUGGAGCCACGUCAGCACCCUCUCCGAUGACCUCAUCGCCCAGCCUGUUAACGUGGUGGCCUGGUCUCCGUGUGGGAAGUUCCUAGCCGCUGGUGCUGUAGGGGGAUUCCUGACGGUUUGGAACGUGGAGACCAAGCUAUGUGUGGAGAGGGAGAAGCAUGAGAAGGGGUACACAGUGUGUGGGUUGGCCUGGCAUCCUUCGGGGAAGCAGAUAGCCUACACUGACACAGAGGGCUGCCUGGGGCUGCUGGACAGUGUGUUGGCCUCUUCCUCCUCCUCUUCCUCCUCAUCUGCAAAGAGCACCGGCAAGGUGGCGCCAAACAAGGAGGCGGGCGACUACGACGACCUGUUCGACGGCGACGGCGACGACGGGCCCCUGGAGGAGAACCUGAGCGGAACCCGCUCGCCGGCGAAGAACGCGGUCGCCGAGGACGACGACGACGACGACCUCAUGCCUGCGACGGGCCGGCCUCGUAACCGCAGCUCUUUCCUUGACGACGACGAAAACUCGCUCGACACCGGCUCGGUGAAGCUGGGGUCGGACAAGUAUGGGGACGACGACGGGGCCAGCAACAUUCUGCCGUCUGUGGCCCCGGUUGCGCCCCGCCCUGUCUACGAUGGGCCCAUGCCCACCCCCCCACAGAAGCCCUUUCAACCGGGCUCCACCCCUGGGCACCUAAUGCAUCGCUUCAUGAUGUGGAACUCCGUGGGCAUCGUCCGCGGUUACAGCGACGAGCUGGACAACGCCAUCGACGUGGAGUUCCACGACAGCUCGGUCCACCACGCCAUGCACCUCUCCAACUCCCUGGGUCACACGCUGGCUGACCUAUCCCAGGAGGCCGUGCUCCUGGCCUGCGAGGGCACCGAGGAGCUCGCCAGUAAGCUGCAGUGUCUGCACUUCUCCUCCUGGGACACCAAUAAGGAGUGGAUGGUGGACCUGCCGAAGGGCGAGGACGUGAGGGCCGUGUGCUUGGGACAGGGCUGGGUUGCCGCGGCGACCAGCGCCCUGCUGGUGCGGGUCUUCUCAGUGGGCGGGGUCCAGAGGGAGGUGUUCUGCCUGCCCGGGCCGGUUGUCUGCAUGACCGGACAUGGAGAGCAGAUCCUCAUCGUCUACCACAGAGGCACAGGCUUUGAUGGGGACCAGGCCCUGGGCGUCCAGCUGCUGAAUUUGGGACAGAGGAGGAGGCAGGUCAUCCAUGGGGAGCCCCUCCCGCUCUCCCGAAAAUCCCACCUCUCCUGGAUGGGCUUCUCCGCUGAGGGCACGCCGUGCUUUGUGGACUCGGAGGGCGUGGUGCGCCUGCUAAACCGUUCCCUGGGAAACACGUGGACGCCUGUGUGUAACACGCGGGAGCACUGCAAGGGCAAGUCCGACCACUACUGGGUGGUGGGCGUGCACGAGAACCCCCAACAGCUCAGGUGCAUACCCUGUAAGGGGGCGCGUUUCCCCCCCACGCUGCCCCGCCCCGCGGUGGCCAUCCUGCCCUUUCAGCUGCCGCUGUGCCAGACCAGCACGGAGAAGGGCCAGAUGGAGGAGCAGUACUGGCGUUCUGUGCUGUUCCACAACCACUUCGACUUCCUGUCAGCCAGCGGAUAUGAGGUCAGCGAGGAGGGGAGGACCCGGGCCCAGAAUGAGCAGCAGGAGCUGCUGAUGAAGAUGUUUGCGCUGUCCUGUAAGCUGGAGCGGGAGUUCCGCUGCGUGGAGCUGGCGGAGCUGAUGACGCAGCGCGUGGUGACUCUGGCCGUGCGCUACGCCUCGCGCUCCCGCCGCAUGGCCCUGGCUCAGCGGCUCGGGGAGCUCGCCAUGGAGAAGGCCGCCGCCCAGCGGAAAGAGGAACAGGAAGAGGAGGAGCCUGACCACACCAGCGGCAGGCAGGCCUCUGGGUACAGCAGGGCAGCGGUCGAGUGCGCAGAAAGCCCGCAGUGGGGAAGGAGGCCGGAACCGGCACGCGAGGAAGAGGAGUGUGAGGAAGACGACGGUCAGCAGCAGAUGGAAGAGGAAGAGGCAGCGGAGAGCAGGAAGCCACCUCUGAAUCCAUUUAAUAAAGGGGCCACCUCACCGGAAAAACCAUCCCCAAAGCCAGCUAGCAAAGAAGGCCGUGUAAACCCUUUCAAGGUGUCGGGUUCGGGGAAGUCCCCCGGCCCGUCGUGGGGGCAGUCUCGCGUGACCAAUGUCUUGGACACCAUGACUCCGUCGACCCGGAAACCCUCUCUCGUGGCCGGUCCUGGGGCCAAGCAGAAUAAGGGUCCGGUUCUGAAGCCGCUGGCACCAAGACCCAAGUCCAAGACCCAGCCCACGCUGCUGCAGAUGAGCGUCCCCAGACCAGCCAGCAGGGGGCAGCAGAAGGAGCCGGCUGUGGAGAAGCAGAGCGUCGCGGGUGGGCAGUCUCCAGCCUCUCCCGCGGACAAUAGCGAGAACAGGAAGCCAAAGACAGGCUUCCAGCUAUGGCUUGAGGAGAACCGUAAGGGUAUUCUGGCCGAUAAUCCGGACCUGGGUGAGACCGACGUCGUCAAGGAGGCUAUGGGCAAAUUCAGAGCUCUGUCCUCAGAGGACCGGCUGUCCUGGACAGAAAGAGCAAAAGGACCUUCUUCAGAGGUGGCAGAGUUGAAAAAAAGAAAAAGGAGGGAAGAAGAGAAUGAAGAGGUGAAGAACGACGAAGGGAAUGAGCGAGAGAGCAGUGCCAAGAAGAAAAAGCCUCUGGACGCUUCUGCUAAACUCUCAGCAUUUGCUUUCAACAAAGACUGAGGCGUGUUAAGAAAUAAAAAAGUAUAUCGUUUUAAAUGUGUCUUUCGUGUAGAUCUGGAAUUGGCAUCAAGUCAAAUGUCUCGAGUGAAUUUUUGAAUAUCAGUUUUUUACGUUGGUCUUCAGUUUAGUGGGUAUUUGAGAAAUGGUAGAUAUGCCUGCUGCUGCAGUGAUACUGUCCUGUCACUGUUCAGUCCAACCCUAACGAAGCGCAUCAUUAUUCGACAGCUAGAGAUCUUGGUGAGCUGCAAAUCGGUAGAAUUGGAUGUGCAAGUUAGGGUUGGUGGUAGAUCUUCAGGAACAGGUUUGGGCAGCCCUGGUCUCGAUUAUUGAUUUAAUCCACUGUAUUCUCCUGGAUUUGGAAUACCUUCCUGAUGACAUUGAAGGAAAAAUAUUCCAUGUACUUUGAAAAUCUCUGCAAGCAAAACCGUUGCACACGGGACGAGGGACCACCUUCAAAGUCGUGCACUAUAAGCCUUUUAUUAGUAAAAACUCUUUAAAAGUGAUUAUUUCAUGUCAUUAAUGUUGGAUGUCUGAACUUUCUCUGUACUUUAUAAUAAAUGUAUAUGUCAA